UUCACAAGCUGUUGACUACUUGUUUAUUUCGAUUUUAAUAGAUUUUUUGUUUCUGGGUAUAUAUUGACCAAUAUUACAUAAAAGUUGUGAAUAUCAGAUGUUUUAAGGUCACAGGUCACAAAAGAAAAUGGCAGCCAAAACAGUAACUUUUGUGUCCUGUUUUUUUCUUUCUUUGUCUCAGGUCCUAGCAUAUUACUGUGAUAGUAAAAGGUGUAACGAAGAUGAGUACUGCUGUGGUGACAACCUCUGCUGCACGUCGUACAAAGUGUGGGAGUUGUGGUAUUUCUGGUUUGGUCUCGUUUUCUUUCUGAUGCUGUUGUCCACUUGCACAUGUUUAUGGCGGUUCCGACAGAAUCAGGGGUUGAUUUUCAUCAGCGGCUUCAACUACAGUCCACUACGAUCUGAAUCACCACCUCGCUCGUGUUCCGCAUCUGAACCGGAUCUCAUACCACAGAGUGAUUGCUGUGGAAACCGUCCAUAUUUUGCCUCCAUAUCUCACCCACCUCCUGCCUAUAGCUCAGCCAAGUUGUCCAAAACUUUGCCGACAGACCCACCGCCGUCCUACUCUGAAGUAAUUGGCGGACCGGGAAUAAACGGAACAUGAUAGUUGUGAACAGACACACACAUACGUACUGUCAAACCCUUCCCAGUUUGAACACUAGACACUUACAGAUCUUGUAGUCUGAUGAUAACUGUGACUGUGACACAGUGGUAUGAAGGUCAUCUGUGCCUCUGAUCAUUGAUUACAGAGUAUGAGGUGUUACUCUUUCAGACCAUUUCACAUGCAGGGAUUUACGGUUUUGGAAAAAUUGUAAAAACAUUUUGGCCAGGUUUUCAUUAACAUGAUUCUGGGUACGUUUCUGUGCACAUUAUUACAUGCUUUUCAUAUCUGCAUUUUUGCAAGCAGAUAUCUGUACAAAAUUUGAUGUCGUCGAAGUUUUCUUUGAAGCUGGAAAUAAAAACAUGUUAUGAAGUCACCAUCCUGAAAAACUACUGUUACAGGAAAAAUUGCUCAUUGGUCAACAUUUUUUCAGUACACUAAAUGCUUAUGCGUCAUCAUAUAUUUGAAAAAGUGCUGUGUAUGUAUACACUCGUACCAAUAAAAGCGUGUUAAUGGAAACUGGCCCAACAGAAUUGAUUUUGCCAAAAAGCUUAUUUGAGAUUUAACAUGUUUAAUCAUUAUUUAAAGCAUUUUGUUAAGAAAAGGUUCAUUUGUUAGCAGUGUCAAAAUAACAUUGUCAUAUUGCAAAUAAGUGAGUGUCUUUGUUGGUUUUUCAAUCCAUCGUUACCGCUGCAGAGGUAGGCUAUUUCUCGUGCAGUUCUAGUCGUAGACCCAUGAGAUUUUACUGUUUGUGACCAACUAGCAGUUUAGUGUGUGGAAGCAGAUUAGUGGAGUGCUAGACUUUUUAACAUACAGUUUAAUGUGUGUGUAUGGGAAACCUGUUUUCUGUUUCUCACCAUUUCCCAUGCUGUUCAAAUGUGUGAGGGGACAUAACACUGUUUUGGUACUAGAUCAUUCCACACGGUUAUGUACUGAAUAUAUCCACUGAAUUAUCUUGGUGUAAUACACCAAGCUAGUGCUGUGUCUUGGCACUACUGUUUCAAGGCUGUACUUACUUAGCCGAAUUUCCGAAGCGUGUUUUUGUUGAAUGCACGAUAGUAAAUGUAUGUAGCUACAUGUGUGUAAGUCUAAAGCAGGCUUUGUAAAUUCAGCCCAUUAUGAUUUGUUUUACCUGUUCAUGUAUAUAUUUGAAAUUGCAAUCUUCUAAGUCUGAACUGCAAAAUCAAUUUGACUUUGUUACCCAGACAUACAUUAUAUAUUUGCCUCUACCAAAGCAGUUUGGCCCUUGUCUUGCAUCAGAUUGUUUGUCAAUUUAAAAAAAAAUUAAAAAUGUCUAUAGGUAAAAAGUUUAUUUCUAAAGCACAGUAUGCACAUUUAUGUAAAUUUGAGAAAAAUGUUGUUUUGCUGUAAGAAUACAAAACCUAUAUCAUACAAAGCACACUUUUAACAUCCUGUUCAUUAGGCAUAUAUCAUGUUUUCACAGAAACUCUAUUGUCGUAUUGUUGAUCUGUACUAACAUCAGUAUGCCAUCACUGCUAACCACAAAAUCUGGUAAUUGACAUAUAUCGUGUUUUGGAAUUUGAUAUAAAAUCAUUCAAGUUUCUAUUACUGGUAUUUAUGUCUGUAUAGACAGCAAACAUUUUGACUUUUGUGUUAUAAACAUUUAUGGCUGUGUGUAUAUAAAAUUCCAAUCUGUAAAUAAUCUAUUCUUAUAAAUGCUUGGAUUGGUCCAAAUGAUAUCAUGUGACUUGGGGGGGGGGGGGGGGGGGGACUGAUGUCCAUAACUGCAUGAUCAUCAGUUUUGCACUACUAAUGGAAAUGCUUAAAGUAAGUAAAUAGAUCAUUUCAACUGGGGGUUUUAAUGUUUAAAAUUAAUAAAAUAACUGUUAAUGUUUUAAUCAAUCAGUGUUAAUGUUUAUUGAAGAAAACAUGCAGACAUAUUUGUUUAAUACGUUAUUUGUCACACAAAUAUAAGAAUUCUCUCAUUUGGCUACUGGCAAAAAAAGCUGAAUCAUAGAAUGGAGAUUCCCUAUUUGCUUUUAUUAAUUAAUUUUAUCAAGAAAAGAAUUUGAUUGUUGUUUGAUAGUAUUUUUUAAUGACCUAACAGUUAUAAACUUGAAUUAUAAAAAUUGAAUGUAAUACCUAAAUGUUUUUCGUUCCUGGAUGUAUGAACCACAUAACCUCUUUGCACCCACAUGUAUGAAUGGCUUUGCGCUAACACGCUGUGCCGUGAAUACAGUGCCUAGGCCCUAAUGCAGUUCUCUGGUUCAUCAAUCCAUGAGUGUAAAUAAAAUAAUCAAUUUCAAACUUUAAAUAACAACUGUUUGACUUAUUAAAAUUACCAAUCCUUGAAUUUGUAUACAAAAACAACCCUUUUGACUGUUGGUAUUAUGUUUGUGUGUGUAUGUAUAUGUAUAUAUGAUUAAUCUGUUUGACUUUCUGAAGUUACAAGUAUUUAUGUUUGUAUAUACAAGUAAUAUUUUUUGACUUUUUGAAGUUAACAACUAUUGAUGUUUGUAUAUAUAAAUAAGGCUUCCUGAAGCAGAGGUUGGAUCCGUCCAGUUGCGACGAAUGGGCCACAAUGAUAGUAGAGUCACCAUUCCUAUUUUACAACUCUCCUGGUCACAAUACCGUAACUGGUAUACAUAUAUAUAUAUAUAUGUGUAUGUGUGAUCUGGUAUACAUAUAUAUGUGUGUGUGUGAUCUCGUUUUCUCUUUUAAUUGUUACAGAAAUAAUAUAUUGAUUUGUUAUGUUUUUAAAUAUGCACAUUUGAAACAAAAUUUUCCCAUUUGUUUGAAAGUCAUUCUGAUUACUGUAAGAGUGUCCAUUAAUCCAUGAGUAACUCGAAUAAUUAUGUCACAGCAAGGGCAGGUCAACAUUUUCACAAACAUAUUUUGUGAUUUUAGUGUUUAAUGUCAUUUGGUGCACAGAAUAAUGAUUUGUUGGAUUAUUACCCUUUGGUGCAUAGACUCGUUUGGUUUCUUCGAAAAUGCUUUUAAAAGAUCGCACAACAGAAUUUCAAGCUACAAAAUUUAUGCUUGAUGGUGCAUGUCCGGAACCAUCGGUUUAUUGCAAACAAUUUUAAAAUGUCUGCAAAUUGUGGAGACCAAAUGCUGUAUAUACACAGCACUGUGCCUAGGAAUAAUGAAUCAGUGUUCCAGAUGGAGUGAAAAGGGAUACCUUUUUAUGCAGUGGCUCCCAUUUAAAAAUACAGGAAUAAAGACUGCAUGCUAAAACUGUGAAAAUGUUGAAGCUGUCGCUAUAAUCAUAAUGCAAGCAAUGGAACACUUCACAAAUCAUGGUGAUUUAUACCUCUCCACAAUAACUGUUCACAAAUUGAAUAAAUAUAUUUCUUGAUGAAACCCAGUUAUUGGAAGCUUCCAUUAUAUCAGCAUUUUUCAUCAGGCCAGCAUUGUUUUAACUGAGAAUAUAUUAUGAUUUGUAACUACGCAUUUCGAAUGUGUUGAUGAUAAUCUGUGAUCAUUUGUGUAUGUUUAAAAAGAGUAAAAUCGUUUACCAUGGAAGAA